AUGCCGCACUUCCAACCCCAAUCGCCCUGCAACUGUCUCGCCCGGACAGCCCAAGCUCUCAAUCGCUUCCCAGACUUCCCGACUAGAUCUUCACCAGAUACCCUGUACAUACCUGCAGAUGAAGUCUUCAUCCUCGGAGCAGCUUUGGUCGAGCACUGGGAGCUAUUGCAUGGCUGCCCCGUAGCCGAUACACAUCUGGAUGCGCGAAUGCUGCAAACAAUGAUAGAUGCUAUAGUAAAGACGCUCACGCUAUACGAGGCAGCUGUUGCAUCUCUACUCGAAGGUUCGGAUAAGACCCAGGAGCCUAGCAGUGGGGGUAUCGAUCGAUCCAACAAGCCAUCGAGCACUCGCGACAGAAGCAGGGAUAGAUCGGUGGAAACAAAGCCCGCAGUAAUUGUAACUGAGGUGACGGGAUAUCUGGGGAGUAUGCAGCUAGAUAGCCGUGAAAUGGUGGUUGUGGCGCGUGAGACUCUGCGUCAUGCUACCAUGCGGUUGGGAGAGAUGCUGCAUGAUAUCGAGGAGGAUAUGAGUAUUAUGCGAGAUCCGGCGAAUCCUUCGCAAAGGAAUGAACAUGUGGGGUUGGGGGAGGUGAGACAGCUCACGUCUCGGUUGCUUCAAAUUCUGGGAAGAAUUAAUAGUAAUGAUAGUACCGCGAACGAAGAGUGA